AUGGUCGGUCCAUCCGUAGGCACCCGGGAUCGCCUUUGUCACCAGCACGUCCCGCUGGUCUCGCCUCUGGACGGGGAUAUAGUCCAGCAGGUGACAGUGUCGCGACCGAGGGUGCAUCCAGGUGGUCUUCUCUUGCAUCAGGAGGCGGAAGUAGGUGUUGCUCAGGGUGAGCGGGUGUUCUGUGCAGGCUCGUCGGAGGAGCAAGCCAUUUUCACUGGAGCCGUCGAGACCAUGGGGACCCAGCCCUCCUCUCCAGGGGGCAUGGUCUGUGCCGACGCGGGCGUUGAAGUCACCAACGACAAUCAACUUAUCCGCCGUCAGCACAGUCGCCAGGAGUGCGUGUAG